ACAUUUUCUGCAGUUUCCUUGCAGUACUAGGAGAUAGGUGACAAGGCACAGACAAAUUAUGGGAAGUCUUUCUUGGACUGAAGGGAGUAGAGGAGUCUUGCUUUUUCUGCAGGUGAAGGUUCUACACAGUAAAAUAUUCCAUCCUCAACAACACUGAUGCUUUUAAAAUGGAAAUAAAAGAACUCAAAAUUUCCAAGAGGAUCAAUUUCUCUACCGCCUGUCUCUGGGGGUCUGUACUUGAGCUUGGACAGUGUAGCGCCAGCAUGCCAUUCCUUAUUAUCACUCUCCCUUUGAGAUUUGGGAAUCAGUUCAGGGACUGCUCAACCGUCUUGUACCUUACUUCAUCCACUGGGCCUCUGCGUCUUGUCUCCCUGAAGGAGUAUACUGAUCAUUCCCUGUCCACCACCAGUAUUGUCUUUUUUCCACUCUCUAAGCCCCAGGUGUACUUUUCUGGUAGAGUGAUUACAAGUGGGGUCAAGGUCAUCUUGCAGAGAGCCAGAGACUAGUUCCCAGCACUCACAACUGCCUGGAACUCCAGCUCUGGAAGAUCCUCUCUCCUCUUUUGACACCUGCCCUCACAUGUACAUACCUAUUCACCCCCACUACGCAUAAGUAAAACUCCAAUAAAUUUUAGAAAGACUUAUGUUAACGAAUGCAGACAAUGCUGUCUUCUACAGGCAGGAGAGAGGUUUUCACUUCACUACAGUUUUCUGCGGAAGGUUGCUGUUGAGUACAUUCAGACUUAGAAGUCUGAGUUCCACCAUAGUCACUUUAAGUAUAAAGGAACUGCAAGCCUCAGAUACUCUAAGAGAGUCCCCUUGCUGUUUUCGAGUGUUUUGAUAGAUUCGGUACUUAGAAUACGCUUGUCUACAAGCCUAUGAAAGAUCACAGAAUAUUCUAACGCCGCUUUUCUGAUUUCUGUUCCAUUUUCGGAGCUCCUCCGAGUCCAUGGAUGGAGAUGGAAUGAGCCCUGGUGUUCUGCAAGCUGCAGGAAGAAUUCGAGCAGGGCAGGGGAGGUUUAGGAGCAGAGGCGCAGCAGGAGCCCGGGGCAGCGCUUGCCUGUUUCCUCCCAGGCUGCGGUGGUGAGCGCGGCAGGGCGGGUGUUUAUGCGCGUCCUAGCAACCGCACGCGCUGGUGUACCGGUGCCCGGCGACACUGCAGAGUACUGCUCUUGCUUUUGGGAUUGUCCCAGAGUCUAAGGCAUUCUUAGGGCUCCAGCUAAUGCUCUACAGAGGUUGUCCAUUGCUGGGCUCCUUGUCGUUGAAUGAGAAAAGGAAUCUACAUAGAUUUAAAUUGCGUGUUCUGAGCUUGACUCAGAGUAUUAACAGACCCAUGGGUGUGGCGUUGACCAGAUCCGCACAGUGGACUGCCGCGGGGUACGAGACAGGAACCCUGGAGAUCACCCCUCUGAACGAGUCAAUAUUGAAUGAAAUUACUAAGUUUAUGGAGUCUUUUAUUCAUAAAUAUCCCCAAGAGGCAAAAUUUGUUUUUGUAGAACCACUCGAGUGGGAAACAAAUUUGGAGCCCUCAGCAUUUGAAUCAGGUUAUAUUGUCAGUGAAACAGCAGUCAAAUCAGAAGAAGUUGAUAAAGAUGGAGAACCCCUGCUGCUUCUCUCUGUGCCUCAAAUUAAAGUCAGGAGCUUUGGGCAGCUGUCACAGUUGUUAUCAAUUGCCAAAGACAAUAAGCUGCAGGAGACACAAGCCUGCAUUGAAGCUAACAGAGACCCUAUAGUGAAAAUCUUGGGCUCAGAUUAUGUUGAAUUGAAAGAAGAUUCCACUACUGUAACUAUUCUUGAUAAUAUCACCAAAGACAAUGAACUGCAUAUCAAAAGGAAAAUCGCCAUCUUGCUGAAGCAGCUGGACCUGCACCUGCUCAACCAUUCCCUAAAGCAUAUCUCACUAGAGAUCCAUUUGAAUCCAGCAAGGUUCAAGAAAGAUAUUGAGCUGCUCAAACGUUACUCUGGAAAAGGGGAGCAGACGGUGCUGGAGUCAAUUGAAUACACUUCAGAGUAUGAAUUUUCAAAUGGGUGUCGCGCCCCACCAUGGCGACAGAUUCAAGGGGAAGUCUGUUACGUGCUGGUGAAGCCACAUGAUGUGGAGACUCUGUGCAUCACCUGCAGUGCAGAAGGAGUGUUUUUAAAUGGUGGCAAAACAGAAGAGGAGGGGGAAAUUAACUAUGAGAGACAAGGUGAAAUUUACAAAGACCUUGUUACAUGUUUAAAGGACAAAUCACCAGUAUUUUCAGAGAAUAUGUCUAAGCACGAGAUUAGAUUCAUUGAAGAACAACCAAAGGAUCAACAGGUUUUUGAGAAACCCAAGAUAGAAGAAGUGGAAUCACCUGCAACUGAUUCAGAGAAGAGUAAAACACAGAAGAACCAGAUCAACUUUGGGAAAAGUCAUAUGACCAAGAGAUUGGAGCCAAGCUUAAAGUGGAGAGCAACUGUUGAUUACAAAGGCCACAAAAGCUCUGUAAAGGAUAGCCAAGAGGAAAAACAAGGAAAAAUUGAAAAGUCAACAGCAUCUGUCUCCUCAGGCCGUACACAGUUACUCCGCAAAGGUGGCGAGAAAGUUGAGGAGACUGCCAGUGAGAGCUCCUCAGAGAGUGAAGAGGAUGAGGAACCUCCAGACCACCGGCAAGAAGCCAACGCUGACCUGCCGUCGGAAUACUGGCAGAUUCAGAAGCUGGUGAAAUAUUUAAAAGGGGGGAAUCAGACAGCUACGGUGAUUGCUCUUUGUUCCAUGAAGGAUUUCAACUUAGCUCAAGAGACCUGUCAGCUGGCAAUUAGAGAUGUUGGAGGGCUUGAAGUCUUAAUAAAUCUACUUGAUACUGAUGAAGUCAAAUGCAAGAUUGGUUCAUUAAAAAUCCUGAAGGAGAUCAGUCAUAAUCCUCAAAUCAGACGUAAUAUUGUUGACCUUGGGGGCUUACCAAUUAUGGUUAAUAUACUUGAUUCUCCACACAAGAUUCUCAAGUGUUUGGCAGCUGAGACCAUAGCAAAUGUCGCCAAAUUCAAGAGAGCCCAGCGGGCGGUAAGACAGCAUGGAGGCAUCACCAAGCUGGUUGCGCUAUUGGACUGUGGACAGAAUUCAACAGAACUAACUCAGCCGAGCCUGUAUGAAACCAGAGACGUAGAAGUGGCUCGCUGUGGGGCCCUGGCACUCUGGAGCUGCAGCAAGAGUCACUCAAACAAAGAAGCCAUUCGUAAAGCUGGGGGCAUCCCCUUGUUGGCCCGCCUACUGAAGACAUCUCAUGAAGACAUGCUUAUUCCAGUGGUGGGGACGUUGCAAGAAUGUGCAUCAGAGGAAAAUUACCGAGCUGCUAUCAAGGCAGAGAGGAUCAUUGAAAACCUCGUGAAGAAUUUGAAUAGUGAGAACGAGCAGCUGCAGGAGCAUUGUGCCAUGGCCAUCUACCAGUGUGCUGAAGAUGAGGAAACCCGGGACCUGGUUAGGCUGCAUGGAGGACUUAAACCCUUGGCCAGUCUGCUCAAUAACACAGACAAUAAAGAACGAUUAGCCGCUGUCACUGGGGCAAUCUGGAAAUGCUCCAUCAGCAAAGAGAAUGUGGUCAAGUUUCGAGAAUACAAAGCCAUUGAGACGCUGGUGGGACUUUUAACUGAUCAGCCUGAAGAAGUCCUUGUGAAUGUGGUUGGGGCCUUAGGAGAAUGCUGUCAAGAAUAUGAAAACCGGGUCAUCGUCCGGAGGUGUGGUGGCAUCCAACCUCUCGUGAACCUCCUGGUUGGAAUAAACCAAGCACUUCUUGUGAAUGUCACAAAAGCUGUGGGUGCAUGUGCAGUUGAACCAGACAGCAUGGCGAUAAUUGAUCGCUUAGAUGGAGUUCGCUUGUUGUGGUCCCUGCUCAAAAAUCCACACCCAGAUGUGAAAGCCAGCGCAGCAUGGGCUCUCUGCCCCUGCAUCGAAAAUGCAAAGGAUGCUGGAGAAAUGGUUCGUUCCUUCGUUGGUGGUUUAGAACUUGUUGUCAAUUUAUUGAAGUCAGAUAAUAAAGAAGUCCUGGCAAGUGUCUGCGCCGCUAUCACCAACAUAGCAAAAGACCAAGAAAACUUAGCUGUUAUUACAGACCAUGGAGUUGUUCCUCUGCUGUCCAAACUUGCCAACACAAAUAACGACAAGCUGAGGCGCCACCUGGCUGAAGCUAUCUGUUGCUGCUGUAUGUGGGGAAGAAAUAGAGUGGCCUUUGGUGAGCACAAAGCAGUGGCUCCAUUAGUGCGUUACCUAAAAUCGAAUGACACCAACGUGCAUCGAGCUACAGCUCAGGCCUUGUACCAGCUCUCAGAAGAUGCUGAUAACUGCAUCAUCAUACAUGAGAAUGGCGCUGUGAAGCUUCUACUGGAUAUGGUCGGGUCCCCAGACCAAGAUCUCCAGGAAGCUGCUGCCGGCUGUAUAUCUAACAUUCGAAGAUUGGCUCUUGCCAUAGAAAAGGCAAGAUACUCUUGAAACGUGAGCACACACAAGACACCAAAUGUUCUGACAAAGGACAAACUACUCCCUCUGCCAGGAAGCCAGAGUCGAGAAGCGUUUAUCAGCCAGUCCUUCAAAUAGGACACAUGGAUUAAGACAUAAAUACUUUUCCUUGAAAAUUACAAGAAACUUUUUAUUCUAUUUAAUGAAAAGCAAAUAUGUAAUGAAAUGUAAAACCAAUAAAUUUGUGAUAAUUUUCCAAGAA